UUGCGGACACUGCACCUUUUUCUCACACCAAGCGCAUUCCGCGACGCGCCGUUUACACUUGCACGCGUCUUGCCAUGCUUCUACUACUAACCUUGUAAUCGUCUUUUGUUCUUAGCUUAGCGACAAUGCCGUCCCAUGUGUUCGCGCGCCGCGACUCGGACGCGGCAGAGCAACAACAACUCCCCUUCACAGGCGACAACGUCCACGAUGCAGACUUCGCACCCGACCACUCGCAGGCAGAGCUCGGGUCCGUCCAUGCACGCUCGACGCCCAUUCGCCUGAGGAGCCAGUCCAACGCAUCCAACACGCUCGCUGGCUCGUACUCGCGCAACCCCAUUCGCUCUUUUGCUCACCAGACAUCGCAUUUUGCCGACCCCCCGCAGUAUUCGUCCCAAGGCGUGCGUGAACGCAGCUCCCAAUUGGCAUCAUAUGCCCUAGACUCGGACACAUACCAAGACCGCCGGCCCAGCUAUAGCCAUGGCGACGCAGACUCGACCCGCACCGACACGAUAGAGGAGGACAGCGAGGCCGAGACACCCGAGACGGUUAUUGGGGGACCACAGCACGCCAGCCAGAGCUUCUUCAGUCCCAGAUUGCUAGCCGACGACGACUCCAGCAGACGGCAGAGCCUUGCAGUCCAGCAUGACGAGCGCACCCCUCUGCUGCCCGCCGCCAGGCUACCACGCGUCGACUCGCCGUCCAAGCAGUACCCCGCUAAGAGCUCCUCAUCAGGCCAGCCUCGCCCGUCGACCCUCCCAUCACGCGUCAAGGAGAAGAUCACCUCAGGACAGCAGCACCUCGCUCAAUUUGGUCGCUCCCUGGCCAACCCCAAGAACUACACCACACAUGCUCUCAAAUCAGGCGCAGUGGCCGCAGCCACCCUGUCUUCUGCAGUGUUCCUCGGACUGCUGUUGAACCUCCUGGAUGCGCUUUCCUACGGCUACAUUCUCUUCCCCCUAGGGUCGCCCGUUUUCAGCCAGACGGGUCCCGACGGCAUUUCCAUGUUCUUCGUCAGCUGCAUCGUCUCUCAGCUGUGCUACUCCCUCGGACUCUCUGUUUUCAAAGGCGGUGUGGGCUCCGAGAUGAUCGAAGUCGUGCCGUUUUUCCACAAGAUGGCAUACUCCAUCAUGGCUCGUAUGGAAGGCGAGCCCGCUGACGCCAUCAUUGCAACCACCAUUGUUGCCUACUGCCUGAGCUCCGUCCUCACUGGCCUAAUAUUCCUGGCUCUGGGAUGUUUCAAGCUCGGCAACCUCGUCAGCUUCUUCCCCAGACAUAUUCUCAUCGGCUGCAUUGGCGGUGUUGGCUUCUUUCUUGUUGUCACGGGCAUUGAAGUCUCUGCGCGUCUCAGUGGCAAUCUGAACUACGAUCUCGCUACCAUGCAACACCUCUUCUCCCCGGACACCUGGUACUUGUGGAUAAUUCCACUUGCCCUCUCUAUCUGUAUAAUGGUCCUGCGCAGACUUUGGGACAGUCCUGUUGUGCUACCAGGCUUCUUCACACUGGUGUUCGCCCUCUUUUAUCUCAUCGUCAAGGGUAUUAUGCACAAGGAUCUCGAGGCAGUCCGCAACGCUGGCUGGAUUUUUGAGCAACCUGAAGCGGGUGUCAAGUUUUACAGAUUUUAUUCUUACUUCAAAUUUGGAAGCAUCAAUAUCUCAGCCCUGGCAAGCACAAUCCCGAGCAUGUUCGCCUUGUCUUUCUUUGGCAUCAUCCAUGUACCCAUCAACGUUCCGGCUUUGGGUGCCGCGGUGAAAGAAGAUAACCUCGAUGUGAACCGCGAAUUGAUCGCCCACGGCAUCUCAAACACACUUUCAGGACUCUUGGGCAGUAUCCAGAACUACCUCGUGUACGCAAAUAGUAUCAUGUUUGUAAAUAACGGCGGCAACAGUCGCGCCGCAGGUCUGCUACUUGCUGCUGCCACUUUCGGCGUCUGGGUGGCAGGUCCCGCCAUGAUUGGAUAUAUGCCCAUCUGCCUGGUCGGCGCUCUCAUCUUCUUACUCGGUAUCGACCUCAUGAAAGAAGCGGUAUGGGACACCUGGGGCAAACUGCACAAGCUCGAGUAUCUGACUGUCCUCGCUAUCGUUCUGAUCAUGGGUGUCCAUGACUUUGUUGUUGGUAUCUUUGCCGGUAUUGUCCUCGCCUGCGUCAGCUACGUGGUACAGAGCUCCCGUCAUCCUGCUAUCCGGGCAUCAUACAGUGGUGUUGUUGCCGAAUCAACUGUCCGCCGUCCACGCGCCGACGUUCGCUACUUGAGUAAGGUACGCGGGCAGAUCCGCGUCAUCAAACUUGGUGGCUUCCUUUUCUUUGGCACCAUCGUCUCGGUCGAAGACUAUAUGCGGUCAUUGAUCGAUGACGACAACUUCGACGAGCAUCCUGUUAGCUUCAUCAUUGUCGACUUCACCCAUGUUGCCGACGUAGAUUUUUCCAGUUCUGAAGGCUUCCAGCGCAUCAAUCGCGUUAUGAGCCGCAGGAACGUCCAGAUGAUUCUCUCGGGAGUCUCGUUCGCAAACCGAGUUGGACAAGCUUUGCAGAAUGUGGGAUUGCUGGAUAGCACAGAGUGUCCUCCCCCAGAGGUCUUCGAGGACCUUAACACGGCACUCGAAUCUUGCGAAAACGAGAUGCUCGAAGUGUUCCACAAACACUGCAAUAUGCAACCCAAAAAGCGACGACAAAUCACACCGCCAAUGACUAUCAACGGCCCCAGCGAUUCGUCUCCAAACCAGCCAAUUGCCACCGGCGGCUCUCCCACAUCCUUCGGCGCCAGUUCUCUCAACCCCGACUUCGCCUCACCCCGGCGCGGCGCCCGUCUGAUAGCCGCCCGUUCCACAAUCCACGAAUCCUCCGACUCGCUCCACCCCCCCGGCCCAUUCGAUUCCUUCCCCUCGUCCAACCUCGCGCCCACACGCUGGAAGUCCUUCGCCCAACCCCUCCGCAUCAUCCUCCAAACCUUCGAAGACGUAUCCACGAAAAACGAAGACUUCUGGCAAGUCGUCGCUCCCUACUUCGAGCGCAAAGAAUACCCCGCAGGCACCGUCCUGUAUUCCCGCGGCGACGAUCCAAACGGCUUCUACAUAUUGGAGAAAGGCCGCUUCCGUGCUGAGUACGAACUCGAUCAGGGCAGCUUCUCAGAGGUCAUCUUGCCCGGUACGACGUGUGGCGAGCUGCCGUUCUUCAGCGAGACGGACCGUACGGGGACGGUGGCUGUGGAGAACGACUCCGUUGCGUGGCUACUCACGCGAGAACGGUUCAGGGAGCUGGAGAAGAAGGAGCAGGAUGUUUCGAGCGAGAUGCUGAAGGUCGGGUUGAAAUUGACAAAGGAGAGGAUGGAUGCUAUUACUAGUUAUGUGCUUGUUAUUGCUAGUUAGAUAGUUGAGCUUUCUCUCAACACAAAAAACUUAAUGGGCGGGAUAAGGUUUUGGGUGGCUUCUUUUUGGAAAGAGAAAAAGCGCAGGUGUGGCUGUUUGUCCUAGAUUUUUGUGCGGAUAG